UUGAGUUAACUGCGUGUCACUGGGGGAGUGGAGCUUGUAGUUUUAAGAGGUUUUAUUUAAAUGAAGAGCAUGGUACAUGUAAAACGAAUUGCCUAAACAUCCACGUAUGUAGCAGAUAACUAACGUGUAAAAGGUGUAGGAUGUGUACAUGGAAGUUGCGAUAGGACAGGGGUUCUAAACUGUCUAAACUGUUUUUCUUUGAGGCCCCCUCAAAUCAGCCCUCCUCUGCCAGGAGCUGGGUCGGGGCCAACAGCAACAACCCCUCCCCCUUCCUGGGGCACAGCUUGCUUUAAUGAUGGCUUCCAUGGGCGGGAUUAGGGGGCGAGGCGGCUCCGCGGUCGAGUCUGAUUCUGGAGCAAAGAAACAACACGAGCUUCCCCCGAGCCUGGGGAACGCGCUGCCGGACACGACCGAGCAGCUCCGCCUCGGCCCGCGCUUCCGGAGCUUGACAGGGGGCCGUGCUAAUUGCAACAGCGCGCACUUCCGGUAUAAGAGCUGGUCGGACAACUUUUGGCACCGCGCACUUCCGGUGCACGCGUGUUGUGCUGGCUGCACUCAUGGGGUCGCGCGUGGAGCUGGGGUUCGCGGAGGAGGCGGCCCCGUGGCGCCUGAGCAGCGCCCAGUUCCCCAGCAAGGUGGGGGGGCGGCCGGCGUGGCUGGGCGAGUCCGGGCUGCCGGGCCCCGCCGAGCUGCGCUGCGGACGGUGCGGGCGGCCCUGCGCCUUCCUGCUGCAGCUCUACGCGCCGCUCCCCGGCCGCCCCGACGCCUUCCACCGCGGCCUCUUCGUGUUCUGCUGCCGCGGGCCCGCCUGCUACCGGCCCGGGGCCCAGGGGCCGCUGCGAGGAACCAGCUUCCGAGAAAGAAUGACACCUAUUCCUAUGAUCCACCACCUGAAACGCCCCCUCCUGAAGGGCAUCCCCCUGUGGGCCUGCAGCUUCAAUGUGGAGCUCAUCUAUGCAGAGUCUGUGGGUGUUUAGGGCCAAAGGCAUGUUCCAAAUGUCACAGGGCCCAUUACUGUAGUAAAGAUCAUCAGACUGUAGAUUGGAAAUUGGGACACAAACUAUCUUGUGCGCAGUCAGAUCAGCUGGACACUGCAAUUCCAGAUCACAAGUUCCUUUUUCCAGAGUAUGAAAUUGUAAUAGAACCUGAGGAAAUGGAAACGCCUGGUGACAGUCAAACAGAUGCAGAUACACAAAAGAACUUGGAGAAACAUGACGAACUGGAGGCUGCAGGCAGUGCAAGUGAAGGUUUUGAGUCACUAGAUGAGGAGGUAUUGGAGGCAAUGGCAAAACAUGAGACUCGAGAAGACAAGAUUUUCCAAAAGUUUAAAAAUCGAAUAGCUGCAGAGCCAGAACAGAUUCUCAGAUACUGUCGAGGAGGAGAAGGUCCCAUAUGGAUCUCAGGUGAAAACAUUCCUCAGAUGAAAGAUAUUCCAAAUUGUUCAUGUGGUGCUCAAAGGAUGUUUGAAUUCCAAGUUAUGCCACAACUCCUGAACCACCUGAAGGUUGAUAGCCUAGGAGAAAGUAUUGACUGGGGAACGCUGGUAGUCUACACAUGUGCUGAAAACUGUAACCAAGCAAAUGGAUAUAUGGAGGAGUUCAUCUGGAAGCAGGACAUUACUGCAGACUCUACUUAACUACUAUAAAUUUAUUUUUAGUUUCUGUAAAGAAAUGAAUUGAGUUUAUACACAUGUACUGAAGUGUUACACAUUGCAUAAAGGAAAAAAGGUAAAUGAACUAUUAUUUCAUACUGAGGAACUAGCCUAGAGUUGUAUCACCUUUAAUGUGUAUAUUGUAAUUAAAUUAUAGCUAAGUCAUUAAAACUGACACAGUUGAAA